AUGAUUGAUUGGGAGGACCAAAAUUACGUUGCAGAGGUCGCCAAGAUGAAGUCAGUGCAUGCUGAUGCAUCGUCUGGUACAGACGUCGAAGGCAUGAGGAACUGGGUGAUAAGAACUCGAACUUCACGAAAACCACUGGCAAAGAGGUUUCGGACGGAGGUCAAGGUUGGAUACGAAGAUGUGGAAGUCAAGGCGGAGAUUACUCUAUCCGUGUACAUAGUCCUGAGCUGCCUUCGACGGAGGCGCGUGGGGUUUGGCCAGCACUAG